ACCCGUCAACUGGCAGCCCAAGGUUUUAGGCUGGACCACAGAGACAAACCCAACCCACUCAGUCUCAUUACACACAUCUUCGGCCAGUGAGUUUCUCAAGAAAAACCACAACCCAAUAAACCCACUUUUAUCUUUCUCUAUAAAUCCUUUUAAAACCUUCUCCAUUUCCUCUCGCCUUCAAUUUAUCUCACCUGAAAGCUGUCGUUGAUCUUUACUUGCUUCUCGUUUGAUUGUUGUUGUGUUCAGAUAUGGCUACAAAGAAGAGCGUCAGCAGUCUAAAGGAAGCAGAUUUGAAGGGGAAGAGGGUGUUUGUGAGGGUGGAUCUCAACGUCCCUUUGGAUGAUAACUCCAAUAUCACUGAUGAUACCAGGAUCCGAGCUGCUGUCCCCACCAUCAAGUACUUGAAGGAUCAUGGCUCCAAAGUUAUUCUUUGCACCCACUUGGGACGCCCUAAGGGUGUUACACCUAAGUACAGCUUGAAGCCUCUUGUACCUAGGCUAUCUGAACUUCUUGGUGUCCAGGUUAAAAUAGCUAAUGAUUGUAUUGGCGAAGAAGUUGAGAAACUGGUGGCUGAGCUCUCAGAAGGAGGUGUCUUGCUUCUUGAGAAUGUGAGGUUCCACAAGGAGGAGGAGAAGAAUGAUCCUGAAUUUGCCAAGAAACUAGCUGCUCUUGCAGAUGUCUAUGUGAAUGAUGCAUUCGGCACUGCUCACAGAGCCCAUGCAUCAACAGAGGGUGUGGCUAAAUACUUAAAACCUUCUGUUGCUGGUUUUCUAAUGCAGAAGGAACUUGACUAUCUUGUUGGAGCUGUAGCAAAUCCUAAGAAGCCAUUUGCUGCAAUUGUUGGUGGUUCAAAGGUAUCAACGAAGAUUGGAGUGAUAGAAUCACUCUUGGCAAAGGUUGACAUCCUUGUAUUGGGUGGAGGAAUGAUAUUUACUUUUUAUAAGGCUCAAGGGUACUCAGUUGGGUCAUCACUUGUCGAGGAAGACAAACUUGAUCUUGCAACUUCUCUUAUUGAAAAGGCCAAGACUAAGGGAGUGUCUUUACUGCUGCCCACUGAUGUGGUGAUUGCUGACAAGUUUGCAGCUGAGGCCAACAGCAAGGUAGUGCCAGCUUCCGCAAUACCAGAUGGUUGGAUGGGUUUGGAUGUUGGACCUGAUGCCAUCAAGACAUUCUGUGAAGCAUUAGAUACCACCAAAACAAUUAUUUGGAAUGGACCAAUGGGUGUCUUCGAGUUUGAUAAGUUUGCUGUGGGAACUGAGGCAAUUGCGAAGAAGCUUGCUGAGCUCAGCGGCAAGGGAGUAACAACAAUCAUUGGAGGUGGUGACUCGGUUGCUGCCGUGGAGAAGGUUGGGCUUGCUGACAAGAUGAGUCACAUAUCAACUGGAGGUGGUGCCAGCUUAGAGCUUCUCGAGGGGAAAACUCUUCCUGGAGUCCUUGCUCUUGAUGAUGCUUGAGCUGAGUUUCUCAUUUGCCUUUUUUGCGCAACUUUAGUUCUGUAAUAUGGCUGGUUUCACAGCCAGAGUGGAUUAGAGUUAUGGUAUAGAGCUCUGAGCUUAGGCUGUAGAAUUGAGUAAAUAAAUGUUUUCCCUUGAGCAUGUUCAGGGGGUUUGCUCUUGAGUUGGAUGGUUGGAAUGUUAUUGCUUUGCAAUCCAGUUAUAUAUGUGUUCUAUUUUUCUAA